CGUCCUCUUUUUCCCUCCCUCGUUCGCGACACUCUCCCUCUCCCCCAGGGUGCAGAGAGAGAACACGGCCGCGCGGUUGAGGGGGGCUUGGAGCCCUCUUCUCCUAAACCCUAACCCUCGAUCGAUCUCUGAAUAGGAUGCAAAUGCGGAAAAGAUUCCCUUGGGAUCGAGGUUAAGGAGACCGUUUCGAGCUCGCCCUAGGGUUUCUCGAGCGAAAUCGCUUCAAGAAUCGCAGGCUCUUCUUUGUUCCCGGUUCGAAUCGCUCGAGAAUAUGUUUCCUGUUGGUGGAUUACGUUGCGGCAUUGCCAAAUUUGGGCUUCUUGUUUGAGGUUCUGAUAGCGCUGAUUUAAAAAUGGCCCCGAUUCCUGAAAGAGCACUCGCAGCAUUGAAGGCAAUGAAAGCCAUUGGGUUUCCGAUGCAUAUAGCGAAGCCUGUGCUGAAAAAUCUUCUCAAGGUGUAUGAUAACAACUGGGAAUACAUUGAAGCCGAAAAUUAUAGAGUUCUUGCGGAUGCCAUACUUGAUGCUCAGGAAUCUAAGGAUGCUGCUCCGAAGAACAAAAUGAUUGACGAUGACUUAAGUGGUAGGAACAAUGAUGUUUUGGCAAGUGAUGAGCCUGAGCCUUACAGAACGAAUCUAAGGAUUAGACAAGAGGAUGACCAGCUAUCACCACCUAUAUAUCAUUCCGAUGUGACCGGUGAAAGUUCGCUGAAAAGACAAAAGUUAGAAGCAUAUGCUUCGCCAGAAAUACAUCCUGAACGGAGAAGAGCAGAGCUUUGUUCUUCUCAAAGUAAUCUUAGAAGCAAGCCAGUUCAACCUAUAUCACCUCAACCUUCUUUAAGACAGGAAGUGACUGAGGACAUAUCAUCUCAACCUUCUUAUACGUCUGAAAGAGGUGGACCAAUUUCACCUCAAAUAAAUUGCAGAGAAACAAGAGUGUCCUCUCAAGGUCAUCAAGCUGGUCCCGUGCAAGCUGAUUCCGGUUCACCUGUGAAGACCUAUCGAUUAGGUAGACAGCCAGCACAUGAUAAUCCAGGAAAUGCUGUCCAUUUCAAAGAACCAAAGAUUGAACCGGGCACUGAGGUUCUGCAGAAGAAUGACACGGCUGACCAUUGUAUUGCUUUUAUCAGGCCGAAAGAUGAGCCAUAUGAUGAUGAUUCUGUAGGGUUUGAGACUCCUAUUGCAAUGAUAUAUCCCUCUCCCCCAAUUUCGAACCCAAUUCCUGCUGAAAACGAAGAUGAGACUAGCCAAGAAGAUUCUAUGAUGAAUGCCCCUAUUUCGCAAGCAAAUGUGGCUGAAGCCCCUGCAGUACAGCAUGAUGAUAGGGGUCAUGGAAAAGAACGACUUCCAGUUGCUGCACCUGAAAAUGGGAAAACAUCUGAGCUUGUAAGUGUUCAGGAAGCAUCUUCUCCCAGCAUUGAUAUAGCUUCCUCAGCCUCAGGAGAAGUGAAACUUUCAUUGAGCUGCAGUCCUGAUCGUCAAGAUUUCCACAUGCCAAGCCUAGAAGCUAUUUUUAAAAUGGUAGAGGAUAGAUGUCUAAAGUCCUAUAAGAUUCUACAACCUGACUUUUCUCUUAUGAAUGUCAUGAAAGAAGUGUGUCAAUGUGCUUUGGAGUUGGGUUCUGAAUCUGCUGAAGAUAAACAGGAAAACUUUGUAAAGAUUACUCCUGCACUGGAAUCAUUGAAAAAAUCUGGUGUGCAGGACAUAUUUGGUGGCAUGCCAUGCUCUUCUAGUGCUUCGCCGAAUAUGAUGACACCAGAGGGUUCAGGGUUCCCAACCAUGAAUGGUAUUUGUCCAAAUCAGAACCUUUGUGAAAAUAAUGAAAGUGGGAGAAGCAAGAAAAUAGAGCGGCACAAAGUUCCAGAAGCUUCAGAUAUCAUGCCUCACAGCCUGGUGGUUGUUCGGCAGCCACAACUUGCGCUUGGUGAUAUUAGGCCACUUCAUGAUGUCAAUGACAUAACAAAAGGUGAAGAAAGAGUAAGAAUCUCAGUAGUAAAUGAAUUCAGCAGUGAGAAGUACCCAUCAUCUUUUCAGUACAUACCAAGGAAUAUUGUUUACCAGAAUGCAUUUGUUGAUGUUUCGCUUGCUAGAAUUGGUGAUGAAGACUGUUGUGCAGAUUGUUUUGGUGAUUGUGUGGCUGCAGCAAUACCUUGUGCCUGUGCACGAGAAACUGGAGGCGAAUUUGCCUAUACAUCAGAUGGCUUGCUUAAGAAGAAAUUUCUGGAUGAGUGUAUUUCGAUGAACCGUGAUCCACAAAAGCAUCACCAUUUUAUUUGUAAACAUUGUCCCAUUGAAAGGUCCAAGAAUGAAGUUAUGCCUGAUCCAUGCAAGGGUCAUCUGGUCAGAAAAUUUGUCAAGGAGUGCUGGAGUAAAUGUGGGUGCAGUAAGCAAUGUGGAAAUCGUGUGGUGCAGCGAGGCAUAACAAGCAAUUUGCAGGUGUUUUUUACUGCCGAAGGAAAGGGGUGGGGAUUGCGCACGCUUGACGAAUUACCUAGAGGUGCUUUUGUGUGUGAAUAUGUUGGGGAGAUUUUGACAAACAUGGAACUAUAUGAUCGCACAAUGCAAACAACGGGCAAUGCGAAGCAUACCUACCCAGUGCUACUUGAUGCUGAUUGGGGUUCAGAAGGGGUCUUGAAGGAUGAAGAAGCCCUGUGUUUGGAUGCAACAUUUUAUGGGAAUGUUGCACGGUUUAUUAACCAUAGAUGCUUUGAUGCAAAUUUGGUUGAAGUUCCGGUUGAAGUGGAGACGCCAGACCAUCACUAUUAUCAUCUUGCCUUUUUCACAACUAGGAAAAUAGAAGCUUUAGAGGAACUGACAUGGGAUUACGGUAUUGAUUUUGAUGAUCAUGACCACCCAAUCAAGGCAUUUCAAUGUCGAUGUGGAAGUAGGUUGUGCCGAGACAUGAAGCGCACCAAAACCAGAGCUAGAGCAUUAGUCUCGAAAUGAUCUUCCAGAGAAUUUCAGGUGGAGGAAGACUGCCAGCUAGAAGUUGCUUUAUGAAGCUGCACAGGUAAUCUUGAGGAUUUUCACUUGUUACCUGGUCAAAAAUGAUUGGUUACCUCUUGUAGAUGGCAUGUGUUCACAAGGUUUGUAUUUAAAAGUUCUGGACGCUUUACCAGACUGCUUUUUUAUGGAUUAUGAGGCACCAUUUCAAAACAACUUAUAUGUUUUCCCCAAAUUUUGGAUGGGUAACCAAAUAGGUGAGUUAAUGUUCAUAUGAUACAGGGAUUGCCCCAA